CUUACAGCAAGUCGGUGUUAGAAAAUUCUGCAUACAUUUGCACUAGAACUUGUAUUUCGCUUCAUAAACUCUAAAGCCACAAUGGAGGGAUGGCUAAAGGUACCAAACCGAAAUAACAUAAAGAAGCAUGGCUGGAGGAAGCAGUAUGUUGUUGUCAGCAAUUUUAAAGUUCUUUUCUUCAACACAGAAGAGGAUAAAGACAUUACAGAUCCAAUAACUGCACUCGAUAUCGACAAAAUCUUCUUUGUUCGACCAGUGACACAGGGAGAUGUGUACAGGGCAGAUGCCAAAGAUAUUCCUAGAAUUUUUCAGAUUUUAUAUGCAAGUGAAGGUGAGAACAGAAAACCAGACGAGGUCAAUCAAGACCAAUCCAACACAGAUCGCACAGGUGUUAUCAUCUAUAAAGGUCAUGAUUUAGUUCCAAUAAGCUUUCGUACACCAACUUCCUGUGACUCGUGCCAUAAAACUGUCUGGCAUGUGAUUCACCCACCUCCAGCCUUGGAGUGUAAACGUUGCCAUGUAAAAGUACAUCGAGACCACUAUGACAAGAAUGAAGAGUUUCUACCCUACUGUAAAGUAAAUUAUGAUUCAAGUAUUCAGGCAAAGGAAAUGUUACUGCUGGCAGAGUCAACUGAGAAACAGAAAAACUGGGUUCAACAUCUUAGUAAAAAAGUAUCUAAAAAAGGGAUAGUCAGUACAGGAAACCUCAGAACUGCUUACUCAGAUGGUAAUGUCAGUACUGGUACUGUCAGGGGCACAAAGCAAUAUUCUUCUUAUGGACCUCAGCAGAGGGGCCACCCCCAGGCUGGUAAAUCUGCCACAUUGCCGCCACCUAACGCUCGUAAUUCAUGAGCCUUCAGCCAAUUAAAGAAAGAGGUUACUUGCGCAGUGCAAAAGGUGGACAAUCCUAACAUUUCAUGACCACUUUUCUUUUCACUUUCUGCAACUAGUUUUAAAAAUGUUCUGUUUUGUUUACAGUAGGAUAAUAAUAUUUCAGUAUUUGGAAUAGAAUAGAAAUGUUUAAAGUAAGCAAUUAAAAAAUCAUGUUAACAGUUUGUAUAUUUUAGGCUUCUUAAAAAAAAAUAAUAACUUACUGUUUGGCACUAACAGAAAUAUUUUUUU